GGCCGGUCCCGGGACCAAUACCGCAAGGCAACAACCUUGAAUCAGCAUAUCAACAACCACCUACGAUCACAGCUCUGCGACGCGGCUAUCAAGCCCGCAGAACUCCUGGCAUACCUCGGCACUCGAUUAGCGAUAUGGGUUCGCGCAAGCGGGUUAAAGCCAACCCUGCCGCCGAAUCGAGCAUCUCAACUCCUGUGCCUCCCCAACCCUCGACCGUGCCGUCGCAAGCCUCGUCGAAAUCAACCAAGUUGCACAUCUCCACCGUCGGGAAUGCAAGUUCAUGCACGACCACAACAGCGGUAGAGCAAAGCACGCCGCGAAAUAGUAAAUCAGGUGGAAGCGGCGAUGACACACCGGCUCCUGCUCAAGGCUCGAAGCAGGUUCAGAAGACUCGAAGUUGGCACGGAUCAUGGCCUCGAGGACCCAAAUCUGCAGCCUCGACACAUGUAGCACGAGAAACGAUCCUUGGAGGCACAUCGAAACCAAGGGGAACCGCCGACUUUAGUAUAUUCGAGACCAAGAAGCCUGCCGAUGCGAUGGGCGUUGCUGAGGAACCUUCGUCGUCAGGGUCUAGCGUGCCCGAUGUGUUGGGGGACUCGGCGAACGGUGUUGACCGCCAGCCGGAGCCGGAAUUGGAGCCUGUGGUCACUGGAGAUGCAUUGAAACCCGACAUCAAGACAAGGACCGAGCAGGUGGAUGCGAAAAUGGUGGAAGUCGGUCAGGAACAGGGGCGAACAGAAUCGCCGCCGGAACAGGCCUUGGAACCGACCUUAGAGCAGCAAGCUCAUACAGCAUCUACACCCCAAAGGCCUACGUCAGGAUGGUUUGGCUGGCUUGGCAGUUCGGGAGUCACUGAAUCAGUCUCAGCAACGGUUGCCCCUGCGUUAGAGUCUGAUUCCGCACCGGCGUCCACUGAGACACAGGCUCCGGAGACCAAGUCUGCCGAGGAAGACAGGGAAGUACAGCCAACGCAGGGAGCCCCGGAAGCUGUCGAAACCCCUAAACUAGCCCCCGUGCAUGACAAGCCACCAGCAGUUUCCGGAAGUUCUUGGCUGUGGUCUUGGUCCAUCAGAAGUACUCCCGCUCCAUCGGAGCCCGAACCCGGGCUGCCAACUGCUAGCUCAGAAGCAGGCCCUCCAGCAGUGAAUGAACCCGGAGACGUGGCUAUGCAAGAAGCGCCGGCUGCAGAGGCAGCUCCUGAACCGCUGACGUCCGCACCUAAGGCGGGGUCUACAUGGGCGUUCUGGUCGCGCGAUGCAGGAGCGGCAUCGAGAAAGAAACCGGCCGUGCCGCAGAGUGAACAGGGCCAACUCGCCGUCAUGGGCGAGAGAUCGGAAAAUCAUCCUCAACGAGCAAACUCGGUGGAGUUUCAGAACGCACCAGCAAAGGAGCCCCAGCUGAAGUUUGGUCGGAAGGAGGAGCAGGUUAAAGCCGUUACGACCCCUUCGAGGGAGUCUUCAACCAAGAGCAACAAACGAGUCUGGCCGAAGUCAAUUGAGGUUGACGAUACGGCUUCUGUCCAUCUGAGCACAGCGAAGGCUGACACUGCAGCGAAACCGGCUGUUCCGAAAGCCACGGCUCCUUCAAAGGCCCUACCACGAAACCUUCUACUGCCCGCGUUUACUGGCACCUACACGCUCAAGGAAAACCCGUCCAUUAUCAAACAGCUUGCCCAACUGCUGCUGAGGACGCAACAGCCGUCGAGCAAGCAUGUGUAUCUGACGAAAGAGCACCCCAAGAUCCAAAAGGCCAUAGCCAUCGGCGUACACGGCCUCUUCCCUGCGAACUACCUGCGUCCCAUGAUUGGCCAACCAACGGGAACAUCGAUCAAAUUCGCCAACCACUGCGCUGACGCCAUCAGAAGGUGGGCUGAUAGCCAUGGUUGCGAGGACUGUGUGAUCGAGAAGGUUGCCCUGGAAGGAGAAGGAAAGAUUGGCGAGCGGGUUGAGAACUUGUGGAAGCUGCUGCUGAAUUGGAUCGAGCACAUACGCGAUGCAGAUCUGGUACUGAUUGCCUGCCACUCCCAAGGCGUUCCGGUCAGCAUCAUGCUGCUGGCCAAGCUCAUCGAGUUAGGGGUUGUGGCCUCAGCCAGGGUGGGCGUGUGUGCCAUGGCUGGUGUUUCACUGGGUCCUUUCCCCGACUACCGGUCCAGCAUGGGCAUUCUCAUGGGCUCCGCUGCCGAGCUGUGGGAGUUUGCAGAUCCGCAGAGUGAGGUCUCCAAGAGACUCGAAACGUCCAUCAAGGCGGUGUUGAGCUACGGGGCACGGCUCACAUUCAUUGGCAGCAUUGACGACCAGCUUGUCCCAUUGGAGUCUGCCAUCUACUCGCCUGCUCACCACCCCUACAUCUACCGCGCUGUGUUCAUUGACGGCCGGAUUCACGCACCCGAUUUCAUCGCCCACCUAGUCGGCUUCGCCCUCAAACUCCGCAACCUAGGCGUUUCGGACCACGGUCUAAUUCGCGAACUCUCCACCCCGCUCGCAGGCAGCCUGUAUUCGGGCGAAGGCCACUCGCGCCUGUACGACGACACGCAGGUCUACGACCUGGCCGUCACGCACGCGCUCGAGACGACCGACGUAAUCGGGCCUGUCGCGUGCGAGGUACGGCACAGGCAGGUCGGCGGCGCCGGUGCUGCUGCUGCGGCACUGUCCAACCCGAAUCCCUACCAUCUCCCCUGGAUCAUGCGCGGCCUGCUGGAGGAAGACUUCGUCAAGACGGAGCUGUCGGCCGAGACGGACGAAUUGGUGAGGCAGUUUGACGAUUGGAAACCUGUUACCAAGGCGCUCAAAGAUGUCAAGUAUCGGUUGGAGGCUGUUCGGUCAAAGCUGUAGGUUGUGGGGAGGGUUUUGCGUGUAUAUUUGGGCUGGGAUGGUAUUUCACAUUCGGGCAGGGAGUGAGCGAGCGAGCAACUGAGUAUGGGUUUGGCGCACGCUUUGGGACGGUUCGAAGGACACCGGAUGACAUGGAAUGGGAUUAGGCUUAACGGGCUUACAGGUAUGACUAUCGCAAAGAUGGGGACUCAUGAGGAUACCAUGUUAUUGAGGGGGACAACCCCAGUAAGGAACUGCGGAUUCGUACAUGAUACAGGCCGGUUGUCACUGGCUUAGACAUAUACUAGGAAAUAGACCUAAAUCAGAAGAC